AUGGAUGCUCCUUUGUCCAAUCCUGGUCCUGAUGUGACAAGGCCGUCAAUCCAGUCAACCAACCCAGUCCGUUGGGCCUCAAGCAGAAGAAGCAGGGUUUGCGAUCGAUGUAUUAGGCAAAAGAUCAAAUGUGAUUUGAAUCAACCUUGCUGCUCAGCUUGCGACGCAUAUGGCCACACUUGCUCCUAUUCGCGAACACGAAAGAAACCAGGACCCAUUAGGGGCUCAAGUCGACGACCUGGCCGCCCAGCAUCCGCGGCAUCUCCUACUGCUUCUUCUUCAGACUCCCAGGACAUAACUGUCAUAAACGAAAGCUUCGGUGUAACAUGGCAUAUAGCAUCUACGCCAGAGGCCACAGGAGAACCCAAUCCUACGGCUCAACCACUAAACACAUUAUCCGAUGCGGCCAAGACCCUGAAUACAUUCUCCUCGCAACUUUCUGAAGAAGCCCGUCAUGAAUUGGCCCACACCUUUGCAUCUACAGUCAACGCAUCGUUUCCCUUGUUUCCUUUACACACGUUCCCCACUCAGCUAAGAGGAGGAGAAGUGUCUGAGGGAUUGGCAUCGAUCGUAUAUGCCAUCUCUGCUAAGCUCACCGGGGCGACCCUACACAUGGACCUCGACGCUGCGCUAAGCUCCCUAGUUGAGUCCUCGACCGCUGAGACUUCGAGCAUUUCCAAGCCCAAUGCCCUCAACGAGUGGCGAGCCGCCUGUCUUCUGGCUUGGUAUGGGUUCUAUCAGUACCAAGGCCAAAAGAUCGACGAUUGUAUCUCAAAUCUGGCUCGCAAGGCAUACCACAUUGGCCUCCACCAGAUCGACAGUCUGUCUAAUGUGUCGACCUUUGGUUGGGACCUUUUGAGCGAAGCGGCUGCCGAAGAAUGGCGCCACGUAUGGUGGAGCAUUUACCUGCUGGACACUCACCUAAGUUACUCAACAGCGACCCCCAGCCAGAUACAGCCUGAUAGUAUCGGCACAGCGUUGUUGCGAGGAGACUUGACGAGAACAACAGCCAGCGCGCGAAAUGGCGCCAAGACACUCAUUCCUACCGACCAGGCCGAUCUGUGGAAGGUGAUUCAAGAGAUUGUCACUGUCAAUGGUAGGGACAUUUUCGGCCUUCAUAUCGCGGUCAACGCAUUGUUGAAAGAAGCCAUAGCAGUCCAUCGCCGUGGUAGACAAAACCCUCGCUAUCCAACGCAGGAGAGAAUCUCAGAGUUAGAGGAUUGUCUCUGCGGCAUUCGAUUAUCACUGCCUUUCAACUACUUGCGGAUGGUGCGCGAUGUGGCUGGUGGCGAAUCAGUGGCCAGCUACCAUUGCCGUCUGUUGACUAUCCUCAAGCUUCAGUCAACACAGAUGAUGCUCGGCCUUCCCGGGCGUCAAGUUGACGAAGCUCAGUUUCAAGCGAACUGGAGGGAAAAUCUUGAGACCUGCCAUCGCCUAUUCGAGAUAAUCUCCCACUGGGACAAGGAAUGCGUCUUCGCAGUUGACCCGGAACUUUGCAUCAUCGUGAUGGGCCUACUUGUGCUUUUCCACUUGCACAACAAAGCAAGCGGCAUUUCGAACCCAUCAUCGUCAGUCCAACUCACACGUCUACAGGACAUUCUUCGGGUCAUUUUACAGAAGCAUGCAAGACAAUGGAAGUUGGCUCAAAUCCUGUUAGACAGCUACGAUGCCCUGGUAACCAAGAUAUCGGAGCCUUUGGGCCUUGAUGAUCUCUUCCAUGUGAUCGACCAAUUUCAAGGGCCUCUUCAUCUUAAAUGGGCGAACUUUGUCCGUCCAGAUCAUGAUGCGGAGCUAAGAGCAGUGGGGAGGAGGUGUCUCGAUAGCUAUGGGUCAAGCGUCGGCUACGCUCUAUGA